UUUCAGCGACCGUCACCGAGCUGCGGAGGACUGCGUUUCUAAUUACUCUCAAACGGCGAACACGCACGGAUAACAAAAUGCGCAAGUAUUCAGCGCGGACUUGAGUGUCGAGGAGUUGUCCGAAGGCGAGCGGCCGGAGAGCGGAGGAAAGAAAUUAAACCAGUGGGAAUGCAGGGAAUUAAAUAGAGACUUAGGCAUUUCGUCUGGCUACAAGUGUGCGUGUGUGGCUGUGCACCCCAUCCCGAGAAGAGGCGGAAAACUUGAGUGGCACUGAGCAGUUGACUUCAGCGUUCACGUCUGGAGUGGUAAUGUCUUGAAUCGGUGGCCUCUCCAGCCCAGUGAAGGACGUGCCAGUGCCGGGCUGCUGCUAAUGGGAACUCCUGCUCCGCCAUGAGUGCUCGUGAUGGCGUUGGUGGCAUCGGUGGCGUGGGCACCCUGGGCCGCCGGCAGCGCUUCGAGAACUCAGAGUUCACCGUGCGCAUCUACCCAGGCGCCCUGGCCGAGGGCACCAUCUACUGCCCGAUCAGUGCCCGCAAGACCACCACAGCCGCUGAGGCCAUCGAACGUGUCAUUGAACGUCUGCAGCUGGACCGCACCAAGUGUUAUGUUCUGGCUGAGGUGAAGGAGUUUGGCGGGGAAGAAUGGAUUCUGAACCCCUGCGACUGUCCCGUGCAGAGGAUGAUGCUGUGGCCCCGUGUGGCGCUGGAGCAUCGCCCGCUGUCUGGCGGCGAGGAUUACCGCUUCCUCCUAAGGCAGAAGAACCUGGAUGGCUCGAUCCACUAUGGCGGCAGCCUCCAGAUGUGGCUGCAGGUCACAGAGGAGCGCAGGCGCAUGGUGGAACGUGGACUGCUACCACAGCCCGAUUCUCAGGGCGACCAUGCAGAUCUAUGCCACCUGCCGGAGCUCAACGAGCGCUCGCUGCUGGACAAUCUGCGCUCGCGCUUCCGCCAGGAAAAGAUCUACACUUACGUUGGGAGCAUCCUCAUCGUCAUUAACCCCUUCAAGUUCCUGCCCAUCUACAACCCCAAGUAUGUGAAGAUGUAUGAUAAUCAUACACUGGGAGAUUUGGAGCCACAUAUUUACGCCGUAGCGGAUGUGGCUUACCACGCCAUGCUGCAGAGAGAGAGUAAUCAGUGCAUUGUUAUAUCUGGGGAGAGCGGCUCUGGGAAGACGCAAAGCACAAACUUUCUCAUUCACCACCUGACGGCUCUCAGCCAGAAGGGCUUUGCCAGCGGAGUGGAGCAGAUCAUCUUGGGGGCAGGGCCAGUACUAGAGGCAUUUGGGAACGCGAAGACAGCCCACAAUAACAACUCGAGUCGCUUUGGCAAAUUCAUACAAGUGAAUUACCAGGAGAGUGGCACUGUGAGAGGAGCAUAUGUGGAGAAAUACCUCCUGGAGAAGUCCAGGCUGGUCUAUCAGGAGCACAAUGAGCGGAACUACCAUGUGUUUUACUACCUGCUGGCAGGAGCGAGUGAAGAAGAGAGGAAAGCCUUUCACCUCAAGAAGCCUGAAGAGUACCAUUACCUCAGUCAGAUGAAGUCAACCCACCAACUGCACUGGGACAGUUACUGUGAGAGUGAACCGGACUGCUUCACAGUGGAAGGAGAAGACCUGAAGCAUGACUUUGAGAGACUUCAGCUGGCCAUGGAGAUGGUGGGCUUUCUUCCUGCCACGCGCAAACAGAUCUUCUCCCUGCUGUCGGCCAUCCUUCACCUGGGCAACAUCCGCUACAAGAGGAAAACCUACAGGGACGACUCGAUCGACAUCUGUAACCCGGAGGUGCUGCCUGUCGUCUCAGAACUGCUGGAGGUCAAAGAAGAGAUGCUGUUUGAAGCUCUGACGACACGGAAGACGGUGACUGUUGGAGAGAAGCUGAUUGUUCCUUACAAACUUGCCGAGGCUGGUACGGUGCGAGACUCCAUGGCCAAGUCCCUGUACAGUGCUCUGUUUGACUGGAUUGUCUUCAGGAUCAACCACGCUCUGCUCAACGUCAAGGACCUGGUUGAGACCACUAAGAUCUUGUCCAUUGGAGUGCUCGACAUUUUUGGUUUUGAGGAUUACGAGAACAACAGCUUCGAACAGUUCUGCAUCAACUUCGCCAACGAACGUCUCCAGCACUACUUCAACCAGCACAUCUUCAAGCUCGAACAGGAGGAAUACAGAGCAGAGGGCAUCAGCUGGCACAACAUCGACUACAUCGACAACACAGGCUGCAUUAACCUGAUCAGCAAGAAGCCCACAGCGCUGUUCCACCUACUGGACGAAGAGUGCAAUUUCCCCCAAGCCACCAACCAGACUUUGUUGGAUAAGUUCAAGCGGCAGCAUGAGGGGAACAGCUACAUCGAGUUCCCUGCUGUCAUGGAGCCCGCCUUCAUUAUCCGACACUAUGCUGGGAAGGUCAAGUACGGCGUCAAGGACUUCAGGGAGAAGAACACCGACCACAUGCGCCCGGACAUCGUGGCUUUGCUGAAGAGCAGCAAGAACGCCUUCAUCUGCGGGCUGAUGGGCAUCGACCCGUCGGCCACGUUCCGCUGGGCGGUCCUCCGAGCCUACUUCAGGGCCCUGGUGGCCUUCAGAGAGGCUGGGAAGAGACACACGCAGAAGAAGACCGGGCAUGAUGACGCUGCUCCCUGUGCAGUUUUGAAAAGUGUGGAUAGUUUUAGCUUUCUGCAGCACCCUGUGCAUCAGAGAAGCUUAGAGAUCCUGCAGAGAUGCAAGGAGGAGAAGUACAGUGUGACCAGAAAGAGUCCACGAACGCCGCUGUCAGACCUUCAGGGAAGCAACACCAUCAAUGAGAAGUCACCACGGGGUUCUCCGGGCCUCGGCUGGAACGGCCGCGUGGGUCGACAGAGCCGCUUGUCCUCCGGCAGCUCCACCACAGAAGAAGACGGCAUCUUUGUCAACUCUGCCAGCAGCAAACUCCUGGAGAGAGCCCACGACAUCCUCAUGAGGAACAAAAACUACAAAUCCAAGCCAGUUCUUCCAAAGCAUUUACUGAAUGUCAAGUCAAUGAAGUACCUCAGCAACCUGGCGCUUCACGACCGCAUCACCAAGUCGCUGCUUCACCUCCACAAGAAGAAGAAACCACCCAGUAUCAGCGCACAGUUCCAGGCCUCUCUCAAUAAGCUAAUGGAGACUCUGGGACAGUCUGAGCCUUAUUUUGUCAAGUGCAUCCGUUCCAACGCUGAGAAGCUGCCCUUAAGGUUUAAUGAUAACCUGGUGCUGAGGCAGCUGCGCUACACAGGCAUGCUGGAGACUGUGCGCAUCCGGCAGUCGGGCUACAACAUCAAGUACAGUUUCAAGGAUUUUGUGCAUCACUUCUCCGUGCUGCUCCCAGAAUGCACCAGCGCCACCAGAGAGGGCAUCCAGCAGUGUCUGGACGAGCUAGAUCUACAACCAGACGGGUACCAAGUUGGAAAGACGAUGGUGUUCUUGCGGGAGGCCGAGCGUCAGCGGCUGCAGGCCUUACUCCACGGGGAAGUCCUCCGACGCAUCGUCACGCUGCAGCGGCGAUUCAGAGCCCAGCUGGAGAGGAAGCAGUUUGUCAGGAUGAGAGACGCAGCGGUCUGCAUCCAGAAAUGGUGGCGUUCGUACCGAUCCGUCGAAGAAGAGGGGGAUUACGACCCCACUGUCCAGGAGGGGGCAGCUCUGUGUCUGCAGACGCACUGGCGAGGUUACAGAGAGCGUCAGAGGUUCAGGCUGUGGAGGGAGGCUGCUCUGGUGCUGCAGAGGGCGUGGAGGUUAUGGCUCUACCGGCGCUGCACGGCGGCUCUGGUUAUUCAGACGGCCUGGCGCUGUCAUCGAGCCAGAGAAGCUUACUUGCAUCUGUUUGCCGCCGUGGUGCAACUACAGGCUUUUAGCAGAGGCUACCUCGCCAGGCAGAGCUUCAAAAUACUGAGAGAACAGAGACUGAGGGAGACGAAGGAGCAGCAGGAGAAGCUGCUUCAGCUGCAGAAUGGCCAGGUGAGUCCCUCGCCGGAAGAAGAGGAGGAGCCGCCUGAGAGAAUUAUGGGCUUGGACCUCAGCACAUGGGAGGAUCGUUCCUACGAGCAACGAGAAAGGAGCCUCCAAAUCCUCAGUGGCCACGAGGGUGCAGUUAAGGAGGAAGGAGACGGAAGAGAUCAUGCUAGGACGAGAGAAAGUCCCUCGAAAGCCCAAACUGAAGCAAGCCAGACAUCCACUGUGGUGGUGCGAGAGAGGUCCAGAACUGUAGAUGAGCCCAGCCAGAAGACCACUCGGGCCAAGCGAGAGAGCCGGCGGAUGAGAGAGCUGGAGCAGGCCAAGUUCAGCCUGGAGCUCCUGAAGGUCCGGGCGACCAGCGGCGGGGCCUCGUCCCCGUCUGAGGAGCGGCGCUGGUCUGUGGAGCUGGUGCCCCCUUCUACCCCACCUCUUCGCUCACCCCAGGGGACGCCUGACAGCCAGAGCUCCAAAGGCAGCUUUGAGCUUCUCACUAUGGAUGAGGAGCCACCCAAGGCUGCAGAAGAGGAGGCAGACAGUGAGGCCCCCUGCUCCCCCCUUCCUCCAGUAACUCCAGUACCUGAGCCGAAUGUGGAGGCUGUUUCAACAAGCCCAAAGCCAGUUGAACCACAUAGGACAGGGGUUUUUGAUGCCCACCCAGGGGACCAGAGCCAGGCCAAACUGGAUCCGGCAACACCCUCUGCCCCCGCACAUCCGCCCAAAAUCGAGAACUACCUCCCGACUUUUUACGUCCCUACUAGUGAGGGCAGCACAGUCAUCUCGCAUCGUCCUGCAGAAGAGCCUCAGCAAAACACAGAGGCAGCCAUCUCUACAACCGCCACCGCCGUUACCAAGCCCCUCAAAGAAAGGCGAGAGUCAGCACGCCGACCAGUGGUGGUGGUCAUCAGUAUGCAGAAAGAAACACCGCUAAGCGAAGAGCUGAGCGAUAUCGUCCGUCCCCCUGUGGAGGUUCGAGAUUCUGCAGCCCAGACAGGGGAGUUGACACCAUCGCCACAGAAACCAGACCCAGCUCCCGUCCCUCCGGGUCCCGUCCCUGCUUCUACCUCUGUCCCUCAGGCUGACCAGGCCAUCAUAGAGAAACUGGUGCGACUGAACGAGGAGAAAGAGGAGAGGCGGCGCAAUCAGCAGCAGCAGAAUGAAAAGGAGAUGAUGGAGCAGAUCAGGCAACAGAAAGAAGUGCUGGAGCGGCAGCGACUUUUCUUCGCUCAGUACGAGAGAGACAUGUUCGAGAAGCAAAGAGGAGAAGCCCUGCACAGGAUACAGCAGAGUCGACAGGGAGGACAAGAUGUUGGUGGAGCUCCAACCGCCGGCAAGCCCCUCAGACCCAGCUCCCUGCUGAUCGAGAGAACCGCAGGGCUAGCUCCUCAGGCCAGGACGCGGUCAGACUCCACUGCCCCAUCGGUGCACUCGUCCCCACGUGUAGACCUCCACGGCCGCGCCCCACACCCCCAGCUGCCUCCUCCACCCGCCUCUGCUCCCAGAGAAAGACGCAGGCCUGUUGCUGAUGGCUGGGCACCCAAACUCACACUGGAGUCCAAAGAUGGAGGAGGAACCAGAGUGAGAACGACUGCCAAGAAGCCACCAAGCAGCCAAGUCACCACAGUUAGUAUGACGGACAAGCCAGGCAACAUCUUCUUCUCUCCAAAGGACAAAGUGACAUUUGCAAAGUUUGACAGUGAGGCUGUUCCUAAGGAAACACCUGUAGCCCUUCCCAGAGAGGGACCCUCACCGGCCUCCAAACCUUCUAAAGGAGCAAAAGGGCGGGAUGUUGGCAGAGCGGGCCAAAAAAAGAAAGCCAGAAUGGCACGGACCCGCUCCAACUUCCUCACCCGCGCCCCCAUCCCCUCCGUUGGGGGCGAUUCAGACGAGGAUGACUAUGAUGGCGGCAGCCCCGUCAGCCCCCGCCAUUUCACUCUACCCCUCUCCAAACAGAGCUCCACAGAGGCGGGCUUAGGAGAGUCCUGUUUCAGUGACUCAGACAUGCCUGCGAGCUCUGAGGAGCAAAAGAAGAUACACAAAGCCAUGUCGUCAGGAGAUUUGGGCAAAGUGGACUCACUGCGCAAGAACUCGCAAGACGGAAGGGUUCGUGGGAAGAUGCGUUUCUGGGGCAAGACCAAGUAUGGAGAUAAGAAGACAUCCAGAGAAAAGCUGAUCUGUGGGGCUGAUUCCAUGGAUGGAGACUAUGGAGACACUGGGCCGUUGCUGGGAGAGGCAGGUCAGGAAAACAUGUCGCCCCCCUGCAGUCCUGAUCUGACGUUGGAUCGCGGGUUCAGGGACUUGAAGGAGAACAAGGAGCCGUCUCCCAAGGUGAAGCGAAGGCGCAGUGUUAAGAUCAGCAGCGUGGCUCUGGAGCCCGCUCAGUGGCAGAACGACGCGCUGCAGAUCCUCACCUGCACCAACGACUACAGGAGCAUGAACGACUUCCUCAUGAAGAAGAUCAGCGACUUGGACACAGAGGACAGUAAGAAGGACACCAUGGUGGACGUCGUCUUUAAAAAGGCUUUGAAGGAAUUCCGUCUAAACAUCUUCAACUCGUACUCCACAGCGCUGGCGAUGGACGACGGUAAGAGUAUCCGCUACAAAGACCUGUACGCUCUGUUUGAGCACAUCCUGGAGAAGACCAUGCGGCAGGAGCAGCGGGGCUGGAGGGAGUCUCCCGUCACAGUGUGGGUCAACACCUUUAAAGUCUUCCUGGAUGAGUUCAUGACAGAGUACAAACCUCUGGACAGCACAGUCAGCAAGCAGGUUCCAAAACCUGAACGCAAGAAACGGAGGAAAAAGGACACUGACAUUGUGGAGGAGCAUAACGGCCACAUCUUCAAGUCCACCCAGUACAGCAUCCCCACAUACUGUGAAUUCUGCUCGUCGCUCAUCUGGAUGAUGGACCGAGCCUGCGUGUGCAAACUGUGCCGCUACGCCUGCCACAGAAAGUGCUGCCAGAAGACGACCACCAAAUGCAGUAAGAAGUUUGAUCCGGAGCUUUCCUCCAGACAGUUCGGAGUGGAGGUUUCUCGUCUGACUCAUGACGAGAGGACGGUGCCCCUGGUAGCGGAGAAGCUUAUCAACUACAUCGAGAUGCACGGCCUCUACACUGAAGGAAUCUACAGGAAAUCAGGCUCCGCCAACAAAAUUAAAGAACUCAAGCAGGGACUCGACACAGAUGUGGACAGCAUGAAUCUGGAUGACUACAACAUCCAUGUUAUCGCGAGUGUUUUCAAGCAGUGGCUGAGAGACCUGCCUAAUCCUCUGAUGACAUUUGAGCUGUAUGAGGAGUUUAUACGUGCCAUGGGUUUGCAGGAUAAAAAGGAAAUGAUCAGAGGGGCGUAUUCAGUUAUUGACCAGCUAAGCAGAACUCACCUAAACACUCUGGAACGCCUCAUAUUUCAUCUUGUCAGGAUCGCCUUGCAGGAGGAGACAAACCGCAUGUCAGCUAACGCCUUGGCUAUAGUUUUUGCUCCCUGUAUCCUGCGCUGUCCUGACACCAUUGAUCCGCUGCAGAGUGUCCAGGACAUCGGCAAGACGACAGCGUGUGUAGAGCUUAUCAUUUGUGAACAGAUGAAUAAGUACAAAGUACGACUAAAGGACAUCAGUAGCCUGGAGUUUGCUGAGAAUAAGGCCAAAUGCAGACUGACCCUCAUUCGACGGUCAAUGGGAAAAGGCCACGUACAGCGAGUGAGCUACCACACGCCUUCGCCUCCAGUCAGUCCGCGGCUGGCAUCAGUGGCUGACGCCGUGAUCGAAGAAAGCGGCGAUGACGAGGGGGCGGACUCGCUCGGCGAAAUCUCAGAGCACCAGCAGGCGGCCAUGCAGCAGGAAGAGAGGGUGCUGACAGAGCAAAUCGAGAGCCUGCAGAAAGAGAAGGAGGAGUUGACUUUUGAGAUGCUAACUCUGGAGCCACGGGCAUCAGAUGAUGAGACCCUGGAGUCAGAGGCCUCUAUCGGUACCGCUGACAGCACUGAAAACCUCAAUGUGGACUCUGAGGGAACCAUUUCUGACUUCUCAGAAAGAGGUCCAGUGUUGACUUCCCCCUGGCCUCGGAGAUCUGACGGGAAAAGCCCCCGACGCCGCGCUCUCCGCCGGCAGCCCGAGUCUCUGGACUCUGUGGACUCUUGCACCAGUGUUUCCUGCUACUCCUCCUCAUCACACUUCCACCCAUCGACGUCCUCCUCCUCUGCCACCACCCGUCGCUUUCGUUUCCACGCCAGGUCUCCCACUGCUGGCUCAGGUCCGGCCCAGGCCCAGGCUGUGAAUGCGCCUCAAGCCUCCCGAUCCGACAGCAUCGACAGUGGCCCCACCGGAGAUCAGGAAGGGUUUGACGAAAGGCCCCAGUUUACAAGCCGAGGCACCUUCAAUCCAGAGAGGGGCAAACACAAACUGAAGGGGGCCAAGCAUUCAACCGUGAGGCACUCCAGAGAAAGCGACGGCCACAGCAGGGACCCUCCAGAAAUACCGCAGCAGCUGGUAUUGUAUGGCAGUAAUGAAUUCAUGGUAUGAAGGACAGCGGGCCUCCAGCUCCCUGGCAGGCAUUUACCUUCCCAACGGGAGGUAACGCAAUGGCGACUGAUCUCAACUUCUCGAAGCACUCUUGCUUAGCCUUUCUUUGUUGAAGUCUGCAAAGAAGUGUCCCCAAGUGCCGUGUACAGUGUUUCUACCCCCAGAAGAGGGGAAGCUUUGGCAGAGGGACAGAAAUCAGUGGAAGGACUCCCCCUCUGUGGACUAAACUGCCACCCAUGCUCUCACAGUGCCUCGGCAGCACUCGGCGCCAAGAGAAGACGCACUGAGCAGGAGGACAGAGAAAAGGGAACGUUGGAAGACCACUUAGUAUCAGGGAAUGUUACAGAGCUGGAAAGCUGAAGCAGCGUACUACAGUAAAUAAGAGGAAUCAGGCAACGUCAGGCGUCACGGAUGUUACAGUGAACUUCAAGCUCACAAUUAUUAGCUGCUUUAUGAGUUUACAGUUCAUAACAAUCAGUGUAAGCAGUUGUUGCUCUGUUAUUACAAAUUUAUUUUUCCCUUAUUUAAUAAAUUUUAAUGUCACAGAAAUUCUUUAUAGCGUAUAAUAUACAGGUAUAAAUACUGUACAAAGCCGGAACACCAGCCUCUGCUGGGUAGUUGAAGUCAAAUAUUUAUCUUUUUUUGUUUCUUUUCUUUUUUUUGAGUAUCUUGGACAGAGAUGUAUGGAUUUUGGCAGUGAAUGAUUUAUGUAUGUGUGUGUGUUGUGUGUGUGUGUGUGUGUGUGUGGGCACGUGCCGAGCGCUCAUACAUGACUGCAUGUGUGAGAAAGAGAAAACCACUUCAUGUGUUUUAAGUUUGUGCUGCUUUUUUUUUCCCCCUCACAAGGGAAAUACCGCCAUCAAAGGGACCAAGUUCAGCCGGAGUGUAUUCCAGCCAAGUGGGAUCCCAGCUCUGUAACGAAUGUCGGAUGUGUAUAAAAUCCCUGCAUUCACUGCUUAACAGCCAUACAACAAUUGUAAUGUACAGUACAGUUCAUAUGUACAGUAUAGUGGACAAAUGCAAUUCUAUUCUUGAAAUCUAUUGUUCCCCCCCCCACCCCCCAGAGUCUCAAACCCAUCCCCGCCUCCUGUCUCCAAAGUGUUUGCUCAAUAGCAACCA